GUGGCUCCUCAUUCAGUCUCAUUUCAGUGAGUUCGACCUACACCAGAGCGGUGUGCUCAUCAAGACAGACCGUAUCACACUCGGUCAAACACUCGGAUACCAUCGACUUCCACUGUUCCAGAGAAGCUCCAGGAUAGAAGAACCAACGAUAUGUCUUACCCGGUCAGCUUUCCCUCCAGUAACCCCCUUGUUACCGUCACCCAUCCUUCGGCGACGAUAUGGGUGAUCGAGAUGCACAACGGCGCCGACAACCGUCUGACGGACGUCUUCCUCACGCAAGCGUUCAGGCCUGCGCUCGAUGCCGUCGAGCGGCACUGGCGCGAGAACUGGCGCGCGGGCGUUGGGAAGAAGGAUGAGAAGCUCACGCACGGGGCUGUGGUGCUGGUCGGGAACACGAAGCAGGACAAGUUCUUCAGCAACGGCCUCGACUGGGCGGGCGCGAACAAGGACCCUGCUUUUAAGACGAACUUCUUCCCAUUAAUCUUCAAUCCGGCUAUUCAUCGCUUGAUUACCUUCCCGAUUCCUAUCAUCGCUGCUGUCAAUGGACACAGCUUUGCCGGCGGCAUGGUCCUCGCCAUGGCGUGCGACUACCGUGUGAUGACGGACGGUAGCAAGCGCAACGCCUGGAUGUGUAUGAACGAAAUUCACUUCGGGGCACAAAUCCCCCUGCCACUGGUGGCAGUCCUACGUGCGAAAGCAUCGAAUGCACAGGUCAUCCGCAAGGUCGUCCUCGAAGGGCACCGGUUCACGCCAAAGGAAGCGCUCUCAUCAGGGCUCGUUGACUACGUCGCAGGGGAAGACACCGAAGGAGUCGUAUCUGCGGCGCGGGGACUUGCGGAAAAGGUGGCCCCAAUCGCGAAAAGCGGCGCAUGGGGUAUCAAUAAGCGAGAACUCUAUAGGGAUGUCAUCGAGGCGUUGGCGCGAGAUGUGCAGGGCGUCGACGUUGUGGCUGAUGAUGCAGCAGCCAAGGCGCGGCUAUGAAGCGUGUCAUAAAGGAGAAAGGGGUGCUUGAACCUAGAACAGGACACCGCUGCCAGAUUGCUUGAUCAGACCAAGCACGUUCCUACGUGCAUACCAUAUGUGUUGUACUACACUCUACACAAUCCGACUC